CCUCUGCUUGGGCCAUGUGCUCUGGGGGGGAGUGAAUUCUGGGUAGAUCUGUCGUCCAGCCUUUCCGGGGAGGGCGCUGUGAUUGUCCCACAGGUGGGAUGGGCAGCUGGGAAGGUGUGAACAGCAACUCCCUGCCCUUAGAGGAGUUCUUCCAGCCUCUUCAGACGGGAGCAGGCCCUCUCCUGGGGCUUCCCUGUUGAGAGGGGCUUGUGGCCUCAUCCCUCCUAGGGAGUUAGGAGGCCCGGCUUGGAGCCCUGCUGUUACCACCCACUGCAGUGAAGAGAUGUCAAUCCAACCACUACCUCCUUGCUGCCCUCUGGGACAAGACAGCAGCAGUAAAACUCUUCUAUCAGUCAGCCUGUCUGUCCAUUGGCAUGUGCUGAGCCAGGGGCUCUGCAAUGAGCUGGACUUUUGCAACAGUGAAUGAGAAGAAUCUUGCUCUCACUGAACUCGGAGUCUAGUAUAGCUUUUCCCAAGGUGCGUUCUGUGGAACCCCAGUCCUACGAGUGUCUCUAUACAAUGAUGCUCCUCGGUCCAGGAAAUGUGGGAAAUAUGCUUUCUAGGUCCCCUUAAAAGAGGACCAUAGCACACUUCAGCAUAUGAGUCACUUUGAAGUAGAGAUUUGUUUAAUUGAGUUUAGACAGCAUUGAACCAAUUUGUACACAUCUGGAGGAACCCCCUUUAGAGUACAGCUUUCCCCUCACAGGAUGUCAGAAAAUCAACUGAGAUUGUAGGUGUGAAUUAAAUUUGAAAAGCAAAAUGAACGAAUUUUAAAUGUAAAGAAAUCCCUCACGUGGUAGGGACUAUAUGGCCAAGCGGAAGUAAAUGCAGCAAACAGAAGUAAAGGCGGAAGUCAGUCAAGGCGCAUUUUUAUCCUGAAGAGGCCUGGGCAGCAUCUGUCACAUCUUCUUAGUUUAGCAAUGAGGAGACUCAGGCCCAGAGAGGGUGAAUAACUUGUCUGUCGUGACUCAGCAGUGAUGGCGGCAGAGCCGGGAUGAGAACACAGGACUCUGACUCAGUUUAGUUUCUUUUCCAACAUGACACCGGGAAGAGUCUGGUUAGUGUAGAAAAGAUUGAAUAGGAUGGGCUUCCCUGGUGGUGCAGUGGUUGAGAGUCCGCCUGCCGAAGCAGGGGACACGGGUUCGUGCCCCGGUCUGGGAAGAUCCCACAUGCCGCGGAGCGGCUGGGCCCGUGAGCCAUGACCGCUGAGCCUGCGCGUCCGGAGCCUGCGCUCCGCAACGGGAGAGGCCACAACGAAUGAAGGAUGCGACACUGAAGGUGCUUUAUCUGCAAGAUAACCAGCUUCAAGCCGGAGGGCUGCAAGCAGGGAAGGUCAUUAAAGGUGAGGAGAUCAGCGUGGUCCCCAAUCGGUAUCUGGAUGCCAAGCUCUCUCCAGUCAUCCUGGGCGUCCAGGGUGGGAGCCAGUGCCUGUCGUGUGGGAUGGAGCAGGAACCGACUCUGAAACUAGAGCCAGUGAACAUCAUGGAGCUCUACCACAGUGCCGAGGAGUCCAAGAGAUUCACCUUCUACCGGCGGGACACGGGGCUCACCUCUAGCUUCGAGGUGGCCACCUACCCGGGCUGGUUUCUCUGCACCAUGCCCGAAGUGGACCAGCCUCUCCGGGUCACUCAGCUCCCGAAGGACACCAGCUUGGACGGCCCCAUCACGGACUUCUACUUCCAGCAGUGUGACUAGGGCGACAUGCCCCCAGGGCUCCUGGGGCGGGCCAGCUUGGGCAGGGCCAGGAGGUGUAGGAGGAAACCCGUGGUGAUGAACCCACCUCUGCUCUCAGGGCCUCCACCGUGGAGGGGCUGGGCACACGGCCACUCUUCCUCCACCUGUUUCCCAGGUUGGGUAAAUCCUUCUGAGAUUUGGGGCUUAGUCCACAGUUUUCUUUUCUGCUGGGUGGCAUUACUGAUGUGAAACCUUGCAGAAAGGUAAACCCCUAAAAUAAACCCCUAAGGGGUCAGGGGCAGGGGCAGGGGAGCAGUGGGAAUCCUUCAUGCUUUGUGGUAACGUACAGGUAACAGUCCUGUGCUUUGACCUGGAUUGGUCACAGUCUUCUGAGAUUCCAAGAGGUGGGAUCCAGCCUCCAAGGGGUCUCCUGGGCUGGUGGAAUACUGUUCCCCACAAUUCAUGUCCUUCUGGGAACCUCAGACUGUGAUCUUUGUCAACUGAAAAAAGAUGUACAACCUUAAGUUGAGAGUUAUGUUUUAUUUGCUGGGCAUUCUGAGGGCUUCAAGCCUGGAAGACAGCCUCUCAGAUAACUCUAAGGGACUGCUCCAAAGAGGCAAGCGGGAAGCCGGGAUAUAUAGGAGUUUUUGCAACAAAGACCAGGUAUUCGGAACAUCAAAGAUGAUUGUUAAUUUAAGGCAAUCAGACAUCUCAAGUUAAGGAAUUCAGCGCUUUUCUAUAUAUGGGAAGAUGCAAGAUUCUGGGCUCACUGGAAUCUUUCCUUUGAUAGGCACCUCAGCUACCUGGGGCCAGUAUCCUGUGUUUUCUCAUCCGGGGUUUCCUCAGGACGCACUGUGGUGGGUGGCUGCAGCUAUGGGCAUUCUGUUUCCAUCCUGAGUUCCCUCAGACCUCACCGCUGGGGGAAGCUGUAAUGUGAUGGCUUGGUGGCUGCCACAUCCUUUGGUUACUGAAAUGGCAGGCAAUAUUUUUCAUUCACACCUUGUUUGGAGGUAGGGUCUUUGUAGAUGCAAUUAGUUAAGAGGUCAUGCUGUAGGAGGGUGAACCCUAGAUCCGGCAGGACUUCUGUCCUUGUAAGAAGAAAGAAACCCAGAGAAGGAGGCCAUGAGAAGAUGGAGGCUGAGGAGAGCGCCACAGGCAAGGCGUGCCAGUGAUUGGGGCACCAUCAGAAGCGAGGAGGCAGGUUCUUCCACAGAGCCUUCGGAGGGAGCUCGGGAGCCUUCGAAUCUCCUGAACUGCGCGAGAAUAAAUUUCUGUUGUUUGAAGCCACCAAGUUUGUGGUAAUUGGUUAGGGCAGCCCCAAGGAAUGAAGACAGCAGCCAAUGAUCCCCAUCUCUUGGUAUUCACACCCCCUGUGUGCCCCCGCCCACACUGGACCAGAGUUGUCUCCAUGACCAGUAGAAUGCUGCAGAAGUGAUGUUAUGCCACUUCUGAGAUUAGGUAAUAAAAGACACUGUGGCUUCUA